AUUUCAGUAUUAUCCUGAGAAAUACAGCAACACACAAGUCUGGUAGAUUCUUGUUAGGCCUAUCUUUCAAGGAUUCUUCUAUUGACGCUUCGUUCCAAAGGAUGGCUCUAUCACUUAAGCUUGGCCAGUUUGGAUCAUCCCUGAUUGUGUUAUACUUCAUGAGGAAACCUAAACUAAGUUAUCUAUAUUUUUCACUCGCUGCGGAUUCAAAUGUUGAAGCGACUCCAGCUUUCGUGUGGUGGCUGAAAGAACCGCUUAUUUUCUCGUCAGGAUCGACUGCAAACAGCGUUGGCGAUUUAGGCGGAAUUUUACCUGAAAUUUGGCAACAAGUCGUCGACAGUUGCAAACCCAUUAUAUCUGCAGAUGAAUUUAACAUUUUGAAACAUGGACGAACACUACAGGAGCUGUCUCCCUUAUCGAGAGUAGAGUUUUCAGAAAAGCUUUCUGGAAAGAGCUUGUUAAUGCCUGUGAAACUACGUAAAGAAAAGGAGUCGCUUUUAGGGAUGUCGUUUGUAAAGUUGAUAGACUCUCCUGGUGUUGCUGUCCUCAUUAAGAAGACCCUGACUGGCACAGGUCUACUAAACGCUAUUCUUUUGGCAUGGCCAAUCUUAAUAUUCGUCGUCCUUUCAGCUUGCCUGAGUGGUUUUGUUAUUUGGCUUUUGGAAUGUCGUUCAAAUCCUCAGAUGUUUGAUCCGUUUUGCCCAAAGGGAGUUCUCAAUGGUUUCUGGUGGGCUGCUGUUACUAUGACAACAGUAGGGUAUGGUGAUAUAGCUCCUAAGACUGUCCUGGGUCGUCUGUUCACGAUUCUCUGGAUCAGCGCUGGCUUGGUCAUUCUUGCGAUGUACAUGGGCGUGGUUACCACAUCCCUGACGACUACACGACUUGAGGGAACACAACAUUUUUAUGGUAUUAAGGUAUCCGCUGCAAACCAAACAGAAGAAGAAAAGUUCGCGAUUUUACACAACACACAACUCCAAGUUGAAAAAAACGAACGUGCAGUCAUUGAUGCAGUCUCAAACAACGAGAACAGAGUUCGACUUGGUUUCAUCGAUUUUUACGUUGCUUCGUAUUACUCGAAGCUGAUAGGUCAAAAAAAUCUUGAUAUAACACGAAUAAUUCCCAGAGACCGCGUGUAUGGGGUAUUGUUGGGAAAAGACUGGGCGCCGGAAGUGAUCGAUUGUCUGCGACGUUAUUCCGAAGAUAAUCGAGACGUUAUCCACAAUGUGAUAAUGAACUAUACCCAAGUCUCUGAGCCUCACAAAGGAAUGAUGGAAUAUUUUGCAGGAAGUGUGUUUGGUUACUCCGUCUUUGGUUUCUUAGGAUUACUGUGUUUGUUUAUUGCACUUGGGCUCUGUUUUGAUCGUGGAUACUUCAAUUACUUUUAAUACAAUUGUAAAGAUAAGUUAAACAGGAAUAUCAGAGCGGAGAAUAAUAUUAUAUUAACCGAUAGUGUACAAAAGUGGAUCCUUUUAAAACAUAGAUAUAGCUACUAAUAUAAUUCGAACAAAUAAUAUAUUUCAA